GUUAUAGUUUGUGUCUGAUAUCGCGGGCUCAAAGUUGAUGUCACUGUCAAAAUGUCCGCCGGAAAACUGAUGGAAAAGCUGACUGAAAAGGUCUCUUUUGCCUCCAAGCUGCCGAUGCUUCUGGGGGCAACCACGGACGACGAGGAACCGACUCCCGGCUAUUUACUUCCUGAAAUAACAAAACUAACAUCAGAGUCCAUAGCUAGCUGUCAGUCUUUGCUUGCUUUCCUAAAUGACAGACUUAAGAAGCAUUCCCCUCUCAUCAAGUACAAAGUGCUACGUAUCAUGAUGUAUGUUUCUGCACAUGGAGAGUCGGAGUUCAGAAGUGGUCUCAGGCACAAGUCAAGUCUCAUCAGAGAUUCUUGUAGUUUCACUGGCCCCUUGGAUCCCCUUCAUGGUGAUGCACUCAACAAGAAAGUGAGGACUGUCGCAGCUGAGUUGAUUGAGCUGCUAUUUAAUAUAGAGAACCCACAAGCUUCUUCACAUUCAUUCACACUCACAGGGCCAAGUGGGAGGAAAAUGGAGGGGUUUGGCAACACACCUAUCCAAGAUAACAACAAAGAGACCCUCAUGGAUAGUAUGACAAAGCAUUUGCCCUCGCUUGACAGGAUUCUAGGGUAUACAGCUAGCAAGGAAGGGAUGGAAUAUAGGGAUAGCACAACUAGUGGUGGGAUAGCAACCUCAAAUGUACAGUUUGUCAACUACGGCGACCUCAGCACAGCUACACCAGAUGCAUGGUCGGCUAAUGGCUACAGGGCUAGCGGAGGUAUCGCAGAUGAUUCUUUUUAUGAAGAUAAUAACAUUGACAAUGAGGAAUCCUAUGACUUUUCUCCUGAAAAUAGACUUGUAAAUGACAUCACUGCCGAGGGUGGGAUCAGGGCCAUCCCAUCAAGAGAGUCGCUGAUUACUUUUACCAACAGGUGCAAACUUUUAGAUGUUGAACGUAUUGUCAUCUUGCUCAAUGGUAAACUGAGCGAACUAUCAACUGAAGUGCAAAUGAAAUCCCUGUGCGUUUUGGAGCACCUUCUAAAGACAACCCUCCUGAGCAUCCCUAAUAUGAUACUCCAGCACUGCCCAGGCUUGCAAGAGCUUGUCUCAAGUGAAACGGGCAAUCUCCACACAAAGGCCAAGAAGAUCUUAUUAUUGGCGGAGUCUCAAGUGAAACGAGGCCAAGGAGUUGCCACAAGAGAACUACUAUCUGAUCACGUGCAAACCACGUGUAACACAUCUGCCUCCACCUCCAAUCACAUGAACCCCCUACUUGGAGAGCAAACAACUAAUUGUCGUGCCUCCGAAUGUGAUCAAAUGAUCGGCUCAUUUGAAAACGAAAGUAAAUCGCCUUAUCAGGUGAACACCAUGUGCUGCACGCAAGCGUUAUCUUCUAACGACUUGAACUUGCAUGGCGAUGAGAUGGCAUCCAUGAAACCUAUGCCGUCUACUUAUGAACCACCGAGCCCUUUGCCCGAUAACGUGAUAGCCUCCUCAGGUACGAGACAUGUACCGAUCACGUGCAGCAUGGAGGGAACUACAGACAUGUUCCAUGGUCUACAGCUGACUCCGAGCUCACAGCCACUGCCGACGCCUGCCGCGUCAACAGAGUCACACCUUACAGCUUUUGCAGACAUAGACUUUGCACCUGCUGUGAUCCAAGGAACGGUAUCUAAGCAACAGACAGUCGACAAAAAGGAAAAAUCUGAGAUUGAAAUGGACUUCUUUGAUCCCCUAAAACAUGCGUGCUCUUUUAGUGGACUCCCUCCGGCAAUAACCAUACAAAACCACCUUUCUGACAUGCCCCCUAGUACUCAGAUGGCCUCAACGAAUCUAGAACCGUGUUCCCAAGCCAAUGUACCCAGUCAAGCAUUUGCUUCAGACUUUAACUUAGCAAGACCUUAUCGAGCCGGUCCUCCAUCAAUCGGCCAGAAUUGUCAAUUUGCACCGACCGGCCUUACAAGGUCGCAACCGAAUACCAUUCCAGGAUCGACUAGCUUGGCAGGUCAAACAGAUUUGAGUAGUUUUCGCGCUGUGGGAGCUAUGCCUUUGCGCAUGCCUGUGGGGCAGACCCCGCUGACCCAAAGUACUCUGCCAUUGAGGCUCGCAGGAGGAGUUCAGCAGACUGAGUUUGAUUUCAUCAGCAAGCCAAAACGGCAAGAGGCUUUUAGCUUUGUGCAGGAUGAAAUACGUGCAAGGAAAAAAUGACAUCCAUGAAAGGAGUAUUGAAAAUUUACAUUUUUUUAUCAUAUUUUAAAGAAUAAAGUACAGUUAUCACA